UCAGAAAUAGGAGUUCAUCAGGCACAAGAGAGAUCUGGAAAACAGAGACUGAUGAGGCUUCUCGGCAAACAUGUGUUUCCAAGGCAGAUUGUUCUUCUGGCUUCCGGGCUUCUGUUCCUGUGUGCGACUACUUACGAUGUCCACAGAUCCAUCAAAAACAAUGAGAAACCGCCAACAAAGGAGCAGAUCGAUGCGCUGCAAUCUUACGUCGAUUCCAAGCGCUCAAUUCCUCCCGACCGAGAGAGGUAUUUUUCAGAGACAAGUUGGUGCCGACAACUUUUUACUAUUUUUGUAAUGGAAGGCUUUCUUUUUGUUUUAAAUAUUUACAUAUACCAUUUAUGUCCUAUGUAUUUUUAUAUGUAACACCUAAAUUUACAAUUUUAUUGAGUUAAAACUUAUCUAUAGAUGACAAAAUAGUUUUAAUUUUUAGAAAUUAAAAAGAUGAACUGUUUAAUCUACUUUGAGAUUCUUUAUUUUUGAUAUGCCACAAACAAAUUUCAAAAUUCGACACGGAUCUUUAGGUUUGAUGUGGAUCACGAGACACAUUUUUAGCGAAAGAUAAUCAAAUUUUGAUAAAAUGUCAUUUAAUAUUUCUAUUUCAACGAACUUAUUGUCAAACUGACUGGC